UUCCCAUUUUCGUUCAUUUUGUAAAUACCUUUGUUUUUCUUCUCAUUCAUCCUACAGAAAAGAAAAGAAAAUAAAAACAAAACAGAGUAAGAGAGACGAGGCGAUGCUUGGGUUCGAGAACUCUGGGAAGCUUUUGAAGCUGCUCCAUGGCGGAGAAGAAAGGACUAUUGAAGAGAUCGUGUCUGAUUUCAACACUAUAUUCUCUCCUUCUCUCCGCUUCUAUGCUUGCUCCGCUCUCGAGUUACUCUUAGACCCUAAGGAAAAAAUCCUCAAGCCAACUGAGCGGUUGAUUGCUUUUUCAAUUAUUCACCAGGCAUAUGCGUCCCAACUGCCUUCUUCAAAUCCUUUCAUUUCAAAGCUUGUGGAUGCAGCAUCUGAUGAGGAAGCUGAAAAAUAUGAAAGGGCAUUUAUUCUCCAAUUGUUAGGCUUGUCCAGCUCUAAAAGUAGUGGAGAGCUUCUCAAGCAGUCAGCAUCAGAUUACAUGAAAAAUUUUGACCUUUCAUCACAUUCAUUUGUGCAACGAGAUCAGUUGCAACAGCAAUAUUGUGGCACAACUCAGCCAGAACCAUUCAAGAGUUUGUUCAAGGACAACGGUGUGAAAAAUGUGAUACCCCACCCUGAUGUGCCCCACAGAUGUGAUAGUGAUUCACCUGAGUUUGACAUGCAUCCUGGGCUUAAACCUAAAAUUGGAUCUGGGGAUAGAGAUGAAACUGUAGCUGGAUUGCUGUCGUCUCUUUCAUUAGAGGGAUUAGGUCCUCAAUGGAUCAGGCCUAUCCCACCGAGGCUCCCAAUAAUGAAUGGAGAACUAUUGUGGCUCAACCCAGAUAUCAACCAUGAGCUUUUAUGGGACUAUGGAAUGUGCCUUGACACUAGCAAAGGAGCUGCAGUUAGAGAUCUAAUCGCAAAAGCAUUAAAGGGAUCACUUUCUCCGCCCCAACAAGAGGUAUAUCUUCUCGUAGGUUUUUGGAUAUUAACAGCUUAUUUGGGAUGAAUUUUCACCAUGGAU